UCACAGUACUUCCUCUGUGUUUUCCUGUCAUGCAAACGUUUGCUCACUUUCUUUCGUUUUUGAGGUAAAUGUGUUUGGUUUGAGGAAACUCAAAACAUCUCACAGCCGCCCAUGACAGCUGUUUCUCUCUAACUGCGUUGCAUUUCAACAACUGAGAUGCAUCAGUCAGUGUGUCUGAAGAGUUUGCUGCUGUUGCUGGUGGGAACACAGGUCUACACACAGGAGCAAUGCUUAAAAGCUUCAGUAAACACAUGUGGAGACUGCAUCAAGUCUGGACCUGGCUGUGCAUGGUGUAAAGAGUUGAAUUUCACCAAGACUGGAGAGCAGGAAGCAGCACGUUGUGACACUGUCAAGUUGCUUUUAGACAGAGGAUGUAGCAAAGAGAACAUCAUAAAUCCUCAAAACAUUUUUCAAAAUGUUGUGAACAAAGCUCUGGUUGCUGGUAAAGACCCAGUGCAAAUCCAACCCCAAGAAAUACAACUCAAUCUUAGACCAGGGAUGCCCCAAACUUUUCAACUACGUUUUAAAAGGGCAGAAGGUUAUCCUGUAGAUCUUUACUACCUGAUGGAUCUGUCAUACUCUAUGAAAGACGAUUUGGCGAAUGUAAAAAACCUGGGAAAUGAUAUACUUGAAAAGCUCAAUAGAAUCACUGGCAAUGCCAGAAUAGGAUUCGGUUCGUUUGUUGACAAAACACUUCUUCCAUACACCGACACCAAUGAAGCCAAACUUAAACACCCCUGCUCGGAUAAAAAUGAACCAUGUCAGCCAGCAUUUGGCUUUCAGCACGUGCUUCCACUCACAGCAAAUGGGAACGACUUCAAAGAAUUGGUAAAGCAGCAGCAUAUAUCUGGAAACCUGGACCCUCCAGAGGGAAGCCUGGAUGCCAUCAUGCAAGCUGCCGUCUGCCUGAAAGAGAUUGGUUGGGGAAACAGCACCCGGCUGCUGGUGUUGGCCACUGAUGACGGCUUCCACAUGGCAGGAGAUGGAAAACUCGCUGCCAUUCUGGAACCAAACAAAGAAACCUGUCAGCUGGACAAAAACAAGUACAGCAAGAGCAACAUAUGGGACUACCCAUCUGUUGGACAGGUUGCUCGCAAACUGGAGGAGCAAAACAUACAACCAAUUUUUGCAGUGACAAAAAAAAUGGAAACUGUUUACACAGAGCUGAGCAAACUAAUCCCCAAAUCUGCAGUCGGAGUCCUUUCUGAAGACUCCAACAAUGUUGUCAACCUAAUUGUGGAAGCAUACAAUAACUUAACCUCUGAAGUGAUCAUGGCCCAUGAUGCCCUCCCGAACUUUAUAUCUGUGAAAUAUUCAUCAAAAUGUACCGGUGGAAAAACCUUCAGUGACAAUGGGAAGUGUGAUAAUGUGAACAUUGGACUAGAGGUGAUUUUUGAUGUGACGGUGACAGUGGAUAGAUGCAUCAAUGAUCAGAGCUUCUCCAUCGGGCCAUUGGGCUUCAAUGAAAAGCUGAAGGUGAACGUUCAGACUCUCUGCGAAUGUAAUUGUGGUGAUCCCCCUGGAGUUCAUCCUCACUGUAAAGGACAGGGUAAAGUUGUCUGCGGCAGCUGCAAGUGUAAUGAUGGCUUCAUAGGACAGCUCUGUGAGUGCACAAUAGGUAAAAAAGAUGAGGCCUCAUUUAAAGCCCAGUGCCGGAAAGACAAUGGCACUGAAUGUGAAGGCAAAGGAGACUGUGUGUGUGGACGGUGUCAGUGCCAUUUAACAGAGGGUAACGGACAUUUCUAUGGCGAACACUGUGAAUGCGACGAUGAACACUGUGAAAAGUUUGACAAUAAACAGUGUGCAGGUCAUGGCAAGUGCAAAUGUGGCAAAUGUGAGUGUGAUGACGGCUAUGAGGGAACAGCUUGUCACUGCGCUAAAUCCGACAAUGAAUGCAAGAUUGACAGCCAUGUUUGUUAUAACCGCGGUAAAUGUGUAUGUAACCAGUGCGAAUGUGAAAGGGGAUACAAGGGACCCUACUGCAAAACCUGUCCUACAUGUCAACGUCCGUGUCAACAGUCCGGGAGCUGUGUUGAAUGUUUUGCCUUUCAAAGUGGACCGUUUGAAAAGAACUGUAGUUUAGCCUGUAAGCAUCUGACGAUUAAGAUUGUCGAUAAACUGGUAAAGAGUGAUUGCAGAGUCAAAGAUAAAGAGGGCUGCUGGAUGGCUUUUACAAUGACAGAAGAACUUGGAUUUGACCUCUACUCUGUCAGUGUCCUUAAAGACAGAGAAUGUCCCGAGGGGCCAAACAUUAUAGCAAUUGUAGGAGGAUCUCUGGCUGGAGUGGCAUUGAUUGGUCUCCUGAUGCUCCUCAUCAUCAAGGGUGUUUUGUAUGCAAGCGACCUUAGAGAAUGGAGGAGAUUUGAAAAAGACAGAAAACACGAAAAGACUUCUGGUACCAACCCAUUAUUCCAGAAUGCCACAACCACUGUUCAAAACCCUACAUUUUCUGGAGAUUCAUGAGAAAAUUUUUAACAGAUAAAGUAUUAUGCAAUUUAAGAUGCUUUUUAACAUUUAAAGUUUGUGUGUUUGUCAAAUCGUUUACAUUUUAGAAGCUCUCUGUAAGUUAAUACUGUAUGUUUCAGAGUCCAUCUAUAUUCAAAUGUAUGGAAAUGAUGUGAUUGUUAUCUAAUGCCUGUGUAUUGCAUUUUACAGAUUCUCUGUUAUGAAACAAGCACAUAAUUAACAUAUGUUGGCUUUCCACAUGAUUAAAAUAAUAGACUUGAGAACUGAUCAUUUGCUUAGCUUUGCAUGUUAACCUGGUUGUUGUUCUUUCAAUGUUAAUAACAUCUAAAUUAUGUGUUCAUGUGUAACUUAUGCCUGUCAAGAAUAAGUGUUUGUAUCAACACAGGCUUAUUGGCAAUAUGUGCCCAGGGCUACAUUUUUGAGAAACGGGAAAUAUGUGCCUGGGGGUACAUAUAUGACUGCAUUUUGUGUGUAAAAGGAAUGGCUGGUGUGACUGGUACCACGGUACACUGUAAAACCCAACAAUCAACUUUAUCAAAUGAAAUGGGUGUAGUUAACUCAGAAUUUACUUAAAGUUAAUUAUAUUCAUUUUAAAAGAGUUUUGAACUCAGUGUUGAAGUUAAGCAGUUAAUUAAAUACCUCAUUACUUUAACUUAAAUGGAGUAAGUUCACAGUACUCAUAUAGAUUAGUUUAACUCAAAUGGUUUGUAGCAAUCAGUUUCCUCAAACGGUUUGAGUUGCCUAACUUAUUGAGUUUUACAGUUCUCAGUUGGUUUGAGUUUUCUUCAUUUAUUGGGUUUUAUUAAGCUCAAAUUGCUUCAUUUAUGCAAAUGGAUUAAGUUCACAGUACUCAUUAGGAUUAAAUUUUGAACUUAAAUAGUUUGUUGCAAUCGGUUUCCUCAAACGGUUUGAGUUACCUUAACUUUUUGGGUUUUACAGUGUAGUAAUGGGACGGACCUGGGUCUCUGGAAAGAAACCAGGUAAAACAAAUAUUAAGUAAAUAGCAUUAUGGAAUCAUGGUAUAAGCAUUUUAGUUUGCUUUUGAAAACACUACCGGUUGGGUUUAGGGAUUUAGGGUUUUCUGUGUGGGUCAGUUGAUAUCAAGCUGAUAUAUUAUUCAUGACCAGAUUCUCUCAUGAAUGUGCACAAAAAGGAUAUUGAUAUUGACAAAAAAAAAAA